AUGGAACCCAUUCGGAAGAAACCUCGUCAGUCUUUUGAUGUAGUGAGAUCAUCUGAUCUGUUGCAAUUCUUUAGUUAUUGUCCUGAUCAAGAGUUUGCAGAUGUACUAAAGUUUUUCUCUCAUGUUCUACCGUCGCUGGAGCUGCUUCUUGAAGAGAAUAUUGAGCAAUGGGGUCAGUACAAGUGUUCUUUGAUAGUUCAGGUGGUGAUGCAGAAGCUGAAUCCUGCUACAGGACAAAUGGUUUCCAACACAUUCUUCUUCCGAUCGAGUACAACGCUGGUGCUCAACACCAUGGAGCUGAGGGACCUUCUCAGUAGGAUGAUUGCUCAGAUCAACGCUCGUCUUGAUGAUUUCGUUCGUCAUGGAUCAGGUUGGGUAGUUGAACGGAUUUCCUGUUUACACAUCGAAAUGUCACGCUACUGUGUACUUGGAGGAAGUUCGUACAUCCCCUUGCCACCGGAGUUGAAGUCGAAGAAGGCCAUUGUUAACGUGCAGAACACUGACAACAAGUGUUUACUAUGGUCAAUACUGGCUGCUAAAUUUUCGGCAGACAAGUCUCAUCCAUGUCGUCAAUCGUCGUACGCAGAACAUGCGGAUACUGUGGAUGUGAGCGGCAUCGAGUUUCCAGCAAAACUGGAAGACAUACCAGUCAUCGAAAGACUGAACGACGGUCUUUACAUCAACGUCUUCGGAUAUGAAGAGAAAGUCAUAUAUCCGUUAAGAAUUUCUCAGCAUCCGCAGUCCGCCAUCAAUGUAUUGCUCAUCCAAGACGAACGCAAUGACGUGGAGGUGCAGCACUGGGUGUGGAUAAAAUCAUUCAGUCGUCUUGUUGCUACUGGAGCACGUCGAGCACAUUUCGUCUGCUUCAGAUGUCUCUCAACACACGUCACGGAGAAGGCAUUGAAUAAUCAUAUGAUGUACUGCAGUGAACAUCCUGAAGCCACGGUGAAGAUGCCAAAGGCUGACGAUAGAGUGAUGUUCAGGAAUGUGAACAAGCAGCUUCAAGCCCCAUUUGUGAUCUAUGCCGAUUGUGAGGCCUUCAUAGAACCUCUAUCCGCUGACAAGAAAAUCGGUCAUUCGACAUUCCAAAAGAACAAGCAUGUAGCCUGUUCCUGUUCGUACAUUGUAGUACGAUCUGAUGGCGUCGUCACGAACCGUUUCUUCUACCGUGGAGAAGAUUCUAUGUUCUGUUUUCUGCUGUCACUUGAGCAAGAGGAGGAGACUAUCCGUGAUGAGCUUCUAGCAUGUAAUGCUGGUCAAAUGAUCAUUUCAGAAAGUCAGCAACGUGAAUUUGAAACGGUAGUCUCCUGUUGGAUCUGUGGUGAAGCGUUGGGUAGCGAUCGUGUACGUGACCACUGUCACAUCACCGGUGCUUACCGUGGUGCAGCACACAACCAUUGUAACCUGAACAUGCGGAUUGAGCCGUUCAAGAUCAAGAUUCCUGUGAUCUUUCAUAACUUGAAGGGAUACGAUUCUCAUCACAUCAUAUCUGCCAUUGGGAGAACGUCCAUUGAUGAGAUUACGUAUGUGAACGAGAAAGGACAAGAACGGACCAAGCGUCUCGGUGCUAUCAAAGUGAUUCCCAUCAACAGUGAAAAAUAUGUCACAUUCGGAUGGAGACAGUUCCAGUUCAUCGACAGCCUGGCAUUCUUGAACACCUCCCUAGACCGGUUGGUUUCGGCCACACCACCAGAUGCAUUCGCCCUUCUAUCCGCACGAUUUCCAGACGAGGAUGAGCGCAAACUGUUGACACGAAAGGGUGUCUACCCGUAUGAAUAUAUGGGGUCGUACGACCAAUUCGAAGAAACGCGUCUACCACCCAAGGAUGCAUUCCACUCAACGCUAACGAACACGGGUAUCAGUGAUGAAGACUAUGCCUAUGCACAAACAGUAUGGACUGCGUUUGACUGUGAAGAUCUAGGAGACUAUCACGACCUCUACCUGGAGACUGAUGUGCUGCUGUUGGCUGACGUUUUCGAAAACUUCAGAAGAACUGCUCACGCAACCUAUGGAUUGGAUCCCGCUAAUUACCUCACCUUACCGGGAUUUGCCUGGGAUUCGCUGCUGAAAAUGACGAAGGUGUCCCUUCAUCUCAUUUCCGACAUUGACAUGUUCAACUUCAUUGAGCAUGGCAAAAGAGGUGGCAUAAGCAUGGUGUCCGCUAGACACGCCACCGCCAACAACAGAUAUCUAUCGGAAUACAAUCCAGACGAGCCGUCAAGCUUCAUCCAAUAUUUAGAUGCGAACAAUCUAUAUGGAUGGGCCAUGUCUCAACCCUUGCCCGUGUCGGACUUCUGCUUUGAAGCAGUGACGGAUGAUCUUCUGGAGACGGUACUCGAUCAUCCAAUGAACUCUUCGACGGGAUACAUGGUGGAGUGCGAUUUAAGGAUUCCAGAUGGUGUGCAUGACAUGAUGAAUGACUAUCCGUUGGCUCCUGAGCAGAUGAAGGUGACACGAGAUAUGCUUUCUCCAUAUCAGACCCACAUGGCAGAGAAACUAAUGGUGAGCGGUUUGGAAGCGAAGAAACUGGUGUCAAAUCUACUACCGAAAGAGCACUAUGUUCUGCACUACAGAAACUUGCAGCAGUAUGUGUCCUUGGGUGUGGAGAUUACAGAUGUGCAUCGUGUGCUCUCCUUCACACAACAUCCAUGGAUGAAGCCAUACAUCGACACUAAUACUGACCUGAGAAAGCUAUCAACUUCUGAUUUCGAGAAAGACUUCUAUAAGUUGAUGAACAAUGCUGUAUAUGGCAAGACCAUGGAAAACGUUCGAAACAGAGUAAACAUCAAGCUCAUUCGUGAACAGGAUGAAAAACCACGUCUCCAGAAAAGCAUCAACAAACCUUCGUACAUCCGCAGUGUAGCCUUUGAGAACGAUCUGAUAGCAAUCGAGUUUGCCAGGACAAAGGUGACUCUCAAUAAACCCAUUUAUGUGGGUACAGCCAUCCUCGAUCUGUCGAAGCACUUGAUGUAUUCCUUUUACUAUGAAGUUCUCCUACCCCGCUAUGGACAAAAUGUACGUUUGCUCUACACUGAUACUGAUAGUCUGAUCGUACAUAUUCAAACGGAUGAUCUGUACACCGAUAUGUCAAACAACAUAACAGCCUAUGACACAUCCAACUAUUCACCAUCCCACCACCUGUACAGCACGGUCAACAAGAAGGUGGUAGGGAAGUUCAAGGACGAACUAGGUGGCAAACCCAUCAAGGAGUUCAUUGGUUUGCGGAGCAAGAUGUACGCAUACCGCUGUGAAGACAACGACGACAAUGGCAAGCGUGCCAAAGGUGUGCAGAGAAGCGUGUUGAAAAACACCAUAACCGUCGAUGAUUAUCGAACAUGUCUCGUCGAGGAGUCUCAGCUGAAGAGAACAAUGAAUGUUCUUCGAAGUCGACGACAUUGCAUUCACGGAGAGGAGCUACGCAAGAUUGCCCUCAGUGGAUUCGACAGUAAGCGUUACAUUCUGGAGGAUGGUAUCAACACCCUGGCAUUCGGACACAAGGAUAUUCCAAAGCACUGAGGGAUUUCCACACAUACUAGAGCAUAUGUCAUAUCUUCUCAUGAAAUACAUUGUAAAUACUAUGCGAUUCAUAAUAUUCACGUUAAUCCAAAGCAUGAGCUACAUUGUACAUAUGAAAUGCUAAUACUUUUUGAGAUCAUUCACAUCCUUCUUUGUUAACCAGGUAUGGAAUUUUUCGUCUUGAUAA